UAAUAAAUCAAAGGAUAGUCGUAAAACAAUCCAUAAGAUGUAUCUAUGGCUAUUAUCAGCCACAAUUUUCUCUCAGGCUACAUUACAUAUACAUAGUUUAUCGUUUCAAGAGUUAUACAGUUCACAUAAUUGGUCAGUAUCCAGUACCCAGUCAGUACCCUAUUCAAGAUUUUUAUUUCUCCACAAAUACCCAGUUACACUUCCUUAAAAUCUUGAAGAUGAGCUUUAUGGGUUCCCAGGCAGUAGCUCUUUUCAUUUUGCUCAAUAUCACAUUCUGUAUUUGUGUUUUAUCAAAUAAGGUUCCUUGCCCUCCCAAAAUUUCCCCAUCACCUCCCUCAGUCCCAACGAAGCCAGUUAAAUGUCCUAAAGAUACCUUGAAGUUCGGUGUUUGCGGGAGCUGGUUAGGGUUGGUUUAUGAGGUCGUAGGGACUAAACCCAGCAAAGAAUGUUGCAGUUUGAUUAAAGGUCUUGCUGAUCUUGAAGCUGCAUUGUGUUUAUGUACCGCCAUUAAAGCCAAUGUUUUGGGAGCUAGCAAGUUUCAAGUACCAAUUGCCCUCAGUUUGGUUCUUAAUUCAUGUGAUAAAAAGGUUCCUGAAGGCUUCCAAUGCUAGUAGACUAUCAAUGCCUAAUUCUACCCCAAUUCUAGAUUGAUGAGGCAAUAUCUGCAGUGUCAGAUUUGGCUCGACCCGCGUUCAUACCAAGCCCAAUAGAUUUCAUUACAGGGCAAAAACAGCCAUUAGCACCAUUUUGAAGAAAGCUUGAAAGAGUUUCACAACAUGGUUUGCUGCUAAAAAAAAUUGGAAAUCUCAGAAAACGAAUGCAAUACGCUAUUCUUAUAGGAUUUAUGGAGCAGCUACCACCAGAUACCGGUGCAGGUGCAGUAGAUUUUGGUGUUGAAUUAUUGGCUGUGGAUCAGUGGUUGGUGUUGGAUCACUUGGCUGUGGAUCAGUUGCUGGUGUUGGAUCACUUGGCUGUGGAUCAGUUGCUGGUGUUGGAUCAAAAGUUGUCUCCUGAUUAGUAGGUGGUGUUGAACUAGAAGUUGACUCUAGAUUAGCGGUCAUUGCUAGAUUAUCAGUUGCUGGUGUCGAAUCGAAAGUUGGCUCUUGAUUAGUAGGUGAUGUUGAAUUAGAAGUUGGCUCUAGAUUAGUGACCGAGACUAGAUUAGGUGUUAGCUCUAGAUCAAUGGCUGGUAUGGGAUCAAAAGUUGGUUGUGGAUCAGUUGCUAGUGUUGGAUCAGAAGUUGGUUGUGGAUCAAUUUUUGGCAUUGGAUUAGAAAUUGGCUCUUCAUUAAUGAGUGGUGUUGAAUAAAAAAUUGGCUCCGCAUUAGGGAUCGAGGUAGGCUUAGGUGUUGUUUGUGGAGUAGUGACCGGUGCUAGAUCAGAAGUUGGUUGUGAACCUAUUGCUAGUGUUGGAUCGGAAGUUGACUCUAGAUUAGUGGUCGGGGUUGGAUUAAGUGUUGGCUCUGGAUCAGUAGCUUCUGCUAGAAUAUAUGUUGGUACUGGAUCAGUUGUUGAAUCAAAAGUUGACUCUUGAUUAGUGAAUGGUGUUGAAACAAAAGUUAGCUCCGGAUUAGUGGUCGAAGCUAGUUCGGUCUUUGCGUCUUGAUUGGCAGCUUCACAGGUGAUCCUAUUGCUUAAUAACAAAACGAAGAGGAUAUUAAAGCAGAUGAAGAGUGUAGCAGAAGAAGAAGCCAUGGAAGUCAUGUUUCUGCAAUAAUACAAGUAUGUCGGAUGAAAGGGAAUUGGUGAUGGUAUUUAUAAGUGAUGCAGUGCCUGCCAUCAAUCCAUGAUCAUUUUCAAUCACCAGGCAAGCUUCCGAAUCCAUAUUUUGGAGAUGACACAUUCGGUAGGCCUAACAAUUUACAAUUUAAUGAAAAUUCUACUCAAUAAUCCCUGAGAGACGCAAUUUUCUAUUAACAGCUGGUAAAUAGGUAAAUUUAUGAUAAUUUCGAAUCUUGUUAUGUUUUUGUACGUAAGUAUUCGAGUUUAGUAUUUCCAGUCUCUGUCGUUUCUUCUUGUAGCUUUAACUGUUGGGCAUUUUUGCUAUCCACUCUUGGUUCUCUUUCAUUAUACAAAUCACGGGUUACAACGAUUA